CCCGGCCGGCCACGGCAGACGGCCAGUCUUCCCGCGGAUCGCAAGCCGCGUGGGUAGCAGGCACGAGUCCGAUACGCGAUCGAUCUCCCCUCGAUACCGAUCCCCGACCGGCCGCCGUCUUCCUCGCCGACUCGGCCUCCGCGUUAUCCGCCGCGUUCUCCGGGAGGGAGCGAUACCGAGGCACGUCCGGAUGCUUCGGGAUCAUCCCCUGGUGGUCCGAGGAUUCGCGGCGAAAUCGUGAGAGAUCGCGACGACGAUCGGUCCCUGCUUCUUGCCGGUGAACGUUUCCGCUCGCACGUCCGCUUGUCAUCCGCUCCGGUAAUCGGUAUCGAUAUGCAAGGCACGAGGGGACGGUGGACCGUCCUCGCCGGUUUCGCAUUAGUUUGCGUGGCUAAUUUGCGACUAGUUUUCGGCGAGAAGGAGUCAGGGAACGAAGGAAACUCGGAGGAACCGCGACAGUACACGUGCUGCGCCCGAUACGAGAAGCUGAUCGACGUCGGAUACGGGAUAUCCGGAGAAGUUAUCCAGAUCGACGCUGGACACUGCCGGAAAUUAUGCCCGCGACACGUGUCCGACGAUCCCGGGGACGCAAGUCGACCGGCGGUGCAGAAAUGUUCAUCGGAUUCCCACUGUCGCGCGAGGGCCGCCAAACUGGAGCGAGUGUCCACGUUGCAGGGUGUUCGCGUAAUCGAGGCUAUAGACGCCUGCGAGUGCUCGCCGGAAUCGGCCUGCAGACGGGAGUCCUACACCCAUCACGUACACUCCGGUACGCCCUACCAGACAGUUGUGGACGUCGGGGUUUGCAUCGGCCAUUGCGGCAAAGACUUGGGCUGCAAGCCGGUCCGGAAUAACACAAUCAGCGUCAAGGGACCAAACGGUGACGAGAUCUACCAAAUGGUCGAGAAAUGCAGCUGCGCCGGUCAUUGUCACCGGAUGGACCACAUGGAAACUGUGCUGGAUUACAGCGAGCUGACAAUCAAAGAGGGCACGAACACGACAGACGUGAGGCCCGUGAUCAGACAAAUAAACGUCGGUCAAUGCGUCGGAACGUGUCCGGGGAACGAGACGGAGACGUGCCUUUUGCGGGACAAAAAGGAGCCAUCCAGGUGUUUAGCCGGCCUGUAUUCGAAGCAGCACACUUGCACCCCGGCCAGAUUUAAAGUGCACGAGUACAGAACCCGACGAGGAGCGAGGAGAGAAAUAAUUCAAAUCACCCAGUGUGCCUGCGUCUAGACUGAAAUUAUUUCGCUGCGAGUCGUCACGUCCGAGUCGAAUCGGAAACGAAAGGGAGAGAAAGACAGCGUGUUAGACAUAUUCUGCGCGUACACCCAUGUUCCUAGGUACAUCACGUACAAACCCAUGUGGCUAAAUAAAUCCAAGAUGUUUUCACGAACGA